GAAUACACAACUUUUAACAGGUGAUUUUAGCAAGACAGAAAAGAACAAGGCUUAUUAAGAGCAACGUCUUAUUUCUUAAAUCUCUAUCUUAAAACCAAACAAGCAGUUUCCAUAUUUAGUUAUUAAGAUAAUACCAUAAUUAAGAUGUUCGUAUAUAAACUUACCGUCAUCUGCUGGUUCUUGGCGAUCGUUUUUGGAGAGAACUCCACAUCUGCAGUCACAACGAUGUCCAAUAACAUCACCUCAUCUGAAUCAACAGCAGUGUCCCAUAUGACCACUGUGUCUUCAAUAAUGAACAGUUCAUCCACAAUGGACAGCACCCAGAGUCCACAAACCACUAAAAACACAGAGGGAAACACCACAGAGACCAAUACCACAUUCCCAGACCAGAACCACAAUACCACCACUACACCCUUCCACAGCACUCCAUCCACGCCCUCCACCACAACAGGCAACGUCAGCAUGGAAGCUACCACAACCGCAGGACAGAGCCACAAUACUACCACUACACCCUUCCACAGCACUCCAUCCACGCCCUCCAACACAACAGGCAACAUCAGCAUGGAAGUUACCAUAACCGCUGGACAGAUCCACAAUACUACCACUACACCCUUCCACAGCACUCCAUCCAUGCCCUCCAACACAACAGGCAAUGUCAGCAUGGACGUUACCACAUCCGCAGGCCAGAGCCACAAUACUACCACUAUACCCUUCCACAGCACUCCAUCCACGCCCUCCAACACUACAAGCAACAUCAGCAUGGAAGUUACCACAACUGCAGGACAGAGCCACAAUACUACCACUAUACCCUUCCACAGCACUCCAUCCACGCCCUCCAACACAACAGGCAAUGUCAGCAUGGAAGCUACCACAACCGCAGGACAGAGCCACAAUACUACCACUACACUUGCGGCAAACACCACGAUGACUCCCUCUGCAAGCACGAGUAACACCUCCACGGAGAUGGCCUCAACCACCCCGUCCAUCAACAGCACCUCUCAUCCGGCCAACACCUCUGCCUCUACACCCACUACGUCAAUACCUGACGAUACCAACCACACCACCACGGGGUCCAACACCACCACAGUCUCCACGAACGACACAAGUAGCACCACUGUGAUCCCCGGCACAAGUAUCCCCACGAACGGCACCAAUAAUGCCACGACGAUCCCCAUCACCACUGUGCGUCCCACCAGCAGGCCACAAGCCUGCAGCUCAAACCCUUGUCCAUUUGACAGCAUCUGUGUUGAAAUGUUCUCUACAUUCACCUGCCAGUGUCUGGCUGGGUCCUUCUUUGAUUCAGGCAGCUGUGUGCCAGCUAAGGUAUUUCCCGGUGACCUGCGUUUAACGACACUGGAGUUCACAGAGAAAAUGACUGACAGGAGUUCACGAGAAUUUCAACAGACUGCAGAAAAAAUUGAAGCAACGCUGAGAGAAGCUCUGAAGACACAGAAAGGGUACAUCAAGUCCACUGUCCUGCAACUUCGCAAAGGCAGUGUGAUUGCAACGGUGGACAACAUAUAUGACCGCAGCUCCCCUGCCACUCAGAAUUCCUCAACCAAUGCCAUUAAUGAAUUCAUCUCAAAUUGUGGGAGCAACUGUGGACCUUUGGAAAAGGCCACUUUUAACGAGACGGCUCUGUGCCAACAGAACCCAAGCCCUUGUGAUAUCAAUACGACAGAAUGCAGUUCUGGUAACGAUGGGAUUGCGUUAUGCACUUGCAAGUCUGGCUACAUCAACUCUCAAUUCUCAAAGACAAGCUGCAUAGCUUGUCCCAGUGGUCAGAAGGCAGAGAACAAUAUGUGUGUCCCAUGUCCGUUUGGCUAUGCUGGAUUUAACUGCAGUGACUCUGCGUUGCUGGCAGUGGUGGUGAUCUCCUGUGUACUGGGUGGUGUGCUGCUCAUCCUACUCCUGGUCUUCUUAUUCUGCUGCUGCAGGGCGUCGCAUAAAGAGACCAGCUACAACAGCCCUUACCCUGCUCAUGACAUCCAGGGACAGUGGUCCAGUCAGCAGAUGCCCAAGAUCCCACGGGCGACCGCUAACCCCAACUGGGAGGCCACACAGCUGGAGAUGACAGAGAGCGGCAGCACGAGGGCCCUGGUGGCCAAAGAUCGCCCUAGAAACGGAGCGAUGGCCUCGUACGAUGUCAGCACUGAUGACCUAAGGACCUUCAAAGGCAAAAACCCAUCACGCUACUCUUAUCUGGUCCAAGGUCAGGACAAUCCAUACUUUGUCGCUGAUGAGGAGCGGGGCACCAAGUAGGACUGCAGUGACAGGACUCAUUCCUCCUACCUUUGUGGUUCUGCAAAUUGCAAACUGUCCAAGACAUCUUGUGCUCUAGAAAGAGCAGCCAAAUAAACCCUGUCCGCUGCAUGAGGAUCGGGGAAGAUCCCUUUGUAUCAUCUCCAGUGCCUACUUUAAAAAAUAUUUUUCAUUUCAGGUCAAAUGAAUUGUUCCUUUUUAUUUCGUUUUUUCUAAUGUUUAUAGCAAACAACGCCACAUGGUCUAAACACAAAUGACAGCAAGCCUGUUGCCCAGACCUCCCCUGG